GGGCGGGGUAAAUGAGCCGGCCGGCUGGCGAAGGUUGGACCAGAACCUUAUGGAGCUGCCAGGGGAGACUCGGCCCUGCGCCAGGGGCCACCUCCUGGACUUGCCCUGGGAGGACAUCCUGGUGCCACACAUCCUCUGCCAUCUGCCGCUGCGACAGCUCCUGAGCCUGCAAAGGGUCAGCAAGCCAUUCCAGACUCUCAUUCAGCUGUACUUGGCCAACAUGCGCUGCUUUGACUCUAGCCAGGUUGGCCCUCAUCUCCCCAAAGCUGCUUUCUGUAACCUUCUGAAAGACAAUGAAGUCCUGCAACAUUUAGCGCUCCAGAACUGCUCUGAUUGGCUGACUGACAAGGAGCUGCUUCCUGUGAUUGGCCAGAACCACCAUCUGCAGAAGAUCCAGCUGAGCAGCUGCCUGCAGCUGAGCCGGCAUGCCCUGGUGGCCAUCUCGCUGAGCUGUCCCAACGUGCGCUGUCUCUCGCUGGCUCACUGUGAGUGGGUGGACAGCCUCUCUCUGCGCAGCCUGGCUGACCACUGCAAGGGACUUGAGUCCCUGGACCUGACAGCCUGUCGCCAGCUGAAGGAUGAAGCCAUCUGCUACCUGGUGCAGAAGUGCAGCAGGCUGAAGUCCCUCUCUCUGGCUGUCAAUGCCAACGUGGGCGACACGGCCGUGGAGGAGAUUGCCAAGUGCUGCCGUGAGCUGGAGCACCUGGACCUCACCGGGUGUCUGCGAGUCAAGAACGAGUCCAUUAGGGUCCUGGCCGAGUACUGCACCAAGCUGCGCUCACUGAAGGUGAAACACUGUCACAAGGUGGCUGAGUCCAGCCUGAGCAUCCUCCGUGGCCGUGGGGUGGAGCUGGAUGUGGAGCUGCCGCUGCAGAGGGCCCUUGUUCUCCUGCAGGACGGGGUUGGAUUUGCCCCCUUCAUUAACCUUCAGAUCUAGAGGAGGGGGACAGCUGGCCUCUGCCUCCUGGAGGGUGCUGUAAGAAAUUGCUGCUGAGACUCUCAGAGGGAGCAGUCAGUCCCAUCACUGUGGCUGGUCCUGAUGGGGCUCUCUGACCUCCGUCUACCCCUCGCCCCCUUGGUGCUCUUUAGCUACUGCUGUGUUUGUAAUGGGGAUCCCUCAUUGCCUCCUGGGGGAAGCAGCAGCCCUUUGCAGUGGUUUGAAAAGCGAGAGGCACUCUCAGCAGCACCAUGGUGCUGAACAUGUCCCGGCAGGGCCAGGUCAGCUGGUAAAUGGGAUAUAUUAUUUAAGCAAUAUUUAAAAUCUCUAAGCCCAGCAUGCUGGGCAUCGGCUGUACAGAGAGCAGGACACUGUGCAGGGACUAUGGCCAUGGACUGGCUGCAGAACUGUUGAAUAAACCAGACCACCUCUGCCCUAUUAAAGAAGAAGUGUGAGCUCUCCUCCCAGCCAGGACAGGGCUUGCUGAGCUGGGGGGAGGGCAUCUCAGUGAUAGCUGCAGCACACUGGAAUGACCUUGUCAGAAACCAGAGGGCUCUGCUCCCUCUGGGUGGGCCAUCUCCCAACAGCAGUGGCACAGGCUAGUCACCCUGACCAGGAGCUAGCCUGUACCACCACUCGCUGCCUGUGCUACUGCAGCUACCCUGCUGUUCUUAGCAUGUGGCUCGAUGAGAACUAGGAGUCACAGCUCUAGCUCCAAGUGUGGGCUGGAGGGGGAGUGACACUAGCUCUGGAGAGGGGGAGCCUGAUUCCCAACUGCUACGGCAGGGAGAAGAGCGAAACCUCUGUGGGUUCUUACUGCCGUGGAACUCAGUUCACAUCUGAGUUUGGUCAGAAGUGUAGCUUUAUCCUGAGCUGUGUCCCCUGCUCAUCACAGGGCUAGUGGCUGCCAGUCAGGUUCCAGCCCUGAAAUAGCAGGGCCCCCUAGGGGUGUCUUCAGCUGCUAGCUGCAUCGAGGUGCUGCAGAUCCAGCAGGAACUGUGCUGGCAGCUCACAAUACCAGGCCUAGUUUCCAGCCUAAGCCCUUACACUCACUGUGCAUUCAAUCUGCUAAAGGAGCUGCAUGUAGCCAAUCCGCAGGCACCAUCUCAU